UUUUAUAAUCUUACAAGGCUCUAUUUUUAGUUGUUUGGUUUUGUUUGUUUGUUAGCUUCUCCCAAUCAAUCAUGGCAGAUGACAAACAACAGUCCAACUCCAACCAACCGGCCACCACCGAUUCCUCUUCUCAAAUCCUCCCCACAACCACUCCCUCCACCCCUCCCUCAGUCAGAAAAAAACUCACUCUAAUCCCCCUCAUCUUCCUCAUCUACUUCGAAGUCGCCGGCGGCCCUUACGGCGAAGAGCCAACCGUCCAAGCCGCCGGACCUCUCCUCGCCAUCAUCGGCUUCAUCGUCUUUCCUUUCAUAUGGAGUGUCCCGGAGGCUCUAAUCACGGCAGAGCUCUCCACCGCUUUCCCCGGCAACGGCGGCUUCGUCAUUUGGGCCGAAAGAGCCUUCGGACCCUUCUGGGGUUCUCUCAUGGGUACAUGGAAACUCCUCAGCGGCGUCAUCAACAUCGCCGCCUUCCCUGUCCUCUGUAUCGAUUACAUCAAGAAAAUUGCUCCGCCGCUUGAAUCCGGCUGGCCCCGCCGCAUCGCCGUCCUCGCUUCCACCCUCAUCCUCGCCGCCCUCAACUACAUCGGUCUCACCAUCGUCGGAUACGUUGCCGUCGUUUUAGCCUUCUUAUCUCUCUUACCCUUCAUUUUAAUGACCUUCAUUGCAAUCCCCAAAAUCAAGCCCCAUCGAUGGCUGAUUUUGGGCGAUAAGGAAAGGGAUUGGAAUCUGUAUCUCAACACUCUGUUUUGGAACCUCAAUUUCUGGGAUAAUGUAAGCACACUCGCCGGAGAAGUUGAAAACCCCCAAAAAACGUUCCCCAAGGCUCUGUUCGUCUCUGUAAUAUUCACUUGUCUUUCUUACUUAAUCCCACUCUUAGCCGUAAUCGGCGCCGUAGAUGUUGAACAAUCCGCUUGGGGAUCUGGAUUCCACGCACAAGCCGCAGGAAUAAUCGCCGGAAAAUGGCUGAAAUUCCUCCUGGAAAUCGGUUCAACGUUAUCAGCAAUUGGGCUUUUCGAAGCCCAAUUAAGCAGCAGCGCGUAUCAAAUUCUGGGUAUGGCGGAGAUUGGGGUUUUACCCAAAUUCUUCGGGAGUAGAGCGAAAUGGUUCAAGACGCCAUGGAUUGGGAUUGUGAUCUGCACGGCGAUUUCUCUGGCGGUUUCGUACAUGGAUUUCACGGACAUUGUAGCGUCGGCGAAUUUCAUAUACAGUUUAGGAAUGUUGUUGGAAUUUUCAUCGUUUGUUUGGUUGAGAUGGAGGCAUCCAGGGAUAAAGAGGCCGUUCAAAGUUCCAUUGAAACUGCCAGGUUUGAUUAUGAUGUGUUUGAUUCCGUCUGGGUUUCUGGUGGUUGUGAUGGUUUUUACCCAUAAGAAUGUGUUGUUGGUGAGUGGUGGAAUGACGGUGGGUGGGAUUUUGUGGUUUGGAUUGAUGAAGAUUUGUAAGAAGAAGAAGAUAUUGGAGUUUAAUCCUGAACCUGAAGCCAUUGUUGAAUUAUUGUGAGAGAAACAAGAAUGUUUAUGGUUUUUCUCUGCUUUUAAAUUUUUAAUGAUACAGUUCUUAGUUAAGAUAUUUUGUAGUUUAAUUUUUACAGCUUUUAAAUAUGUAGAUACUUUGAAGGUAAUGAAUGAAACUCUUUUAAUUUCUUUGUUCA